AUGUUCGCCGUCUCGACGUCCACCGUUGCCCUCCGCGCGCCCGCGCGAUUCACCGUCAAGCGAAGCGCGCGAGGCAACGCGCAGACGCGCGCGCUGUUUGGGAAGAAACCCGCGGCCGAGGCCGAGAGCGCGCCGGCGACGAAGAGCCGGUUCAAAGCCAAGGCGAAACCCGCGGCGGCGGCGAAAGCCGUCCCGGGCGAGCCGUACUACGUGGACGGUAAAUUGUGGGUGUGCCAAGGGUGUGGAUACGUCUACGACGGCUCGAAGGGGGCGUGGGCGGAGGGGAAGCGAUGCCCGGCGUGCGGUGAGCGACGAUUCGCGCUGAAGUCGCCGCAGGAAUUGCAAACGGCGAUUUACGCCCUCGCGGCGUCGGUGGCGCUCAUCGGCUUGCUCUUCAUCAUUCCCCGAUUGUGA